CCGCCCGUCCUCCCCCGCGCCUCAGCAGUGGUGCAGCCUCCUCCGCCCCUGUCUCCCCUCUGGGGCCAUUCGGUUGGUAUCGGCCCACCCUCCUCUGGGCCGGGGGCUCAAGCUUUCUAGUUCGAUUCCGACUCUGCUCCGGUUGCGUCUGCACUCGGUGCUUAUUCUCCUCUUCCUCCUCCUCCUCCUUUUUCUCCUUCUCCUCCUCCUCCUCUUCUUCCAGAUCCUCCCUCUCCUCCCCUCCGCCCCUCCUUCUCCUCCUCCUUUACAGCCACCGCCUCCUUCUCCUUCUCCUGCUCGGUCGCUGGUCUAUGCCCCACCCCUGAGUCCGCAGCAGUCCACGACAUGUCCACCCCGGCCCGGCGGCGCCUCAUGCGGGACUUCAAGAGGCUGCAAGAGGACCCCCCUGCAGGGGUGAGCGGAGCCCCGUCGGAGAACAACAUUAUGGUGUGGAACGCGGUCAUUUUCGGGCCCGAGGGGACCCCGUUCGAAGAUGGUACAUUUAAACUUACAAUAGAAUUCACAGAAGAAUAUCCAAACAAACCACCUACAGUAAGAUUUGUCUCUAAAAUGUUUCAUCCAAAUGUCUAUGCAGAUGGCAGUAUAUGCCUGGAUAUACUUCAAAAUCGUUGGAGCCCAACCUAUGAUGUUUCCUCCAUUUUGACAUCCAUACAGUCUUUAUUGGAUGAGCCUAAUCCCAACAGUCCAGCAAACAGCCAGGCUGCCCAGCUAUACCAGGAGAACAAGCGAGAAUAUGAAAAGCGAGUUUCGGCCAUUGUAGAACAGAGCUGGCGUGAUUGUUGACCCAGGACGAUACAAACGAACAAUCUGGAAAGAAUUCUGUCUGUCCCUUGCCUUCUCUUCCUAUUAGCAUCAUUACAUUUAUUUUGUUGAAAACAACAGCUUUUGGGCUGUUGCCACCCUUCCUUGCUGAAGCUUUCUUUCCUCCCUCCCCUUCUGACAUCUGAGAACACCUACUACAAAGUCAAAUGUAUUGUACUUGGAUUACUUGUAAAAGAAUUACUAAUAUCGAA